UGUUCUCGUAUUUUGAUGUUCUCUUCUUCACAUAGGGAGACCAAUGCCCGGACGUGCCUGACAACCUCGUUCGUGCCUCGGUGGCACAGCAGAGUGACACGGAAGUAGACGGAGCCAAGCGGAAAUGAUGGUGAAUCCCGGCGUGGCGAGCACGGCCGUGGCCAGGCCCCGAGGCAGCGUGUUCCGCAGGGCCCUCAACUCGGUCGGGAUAGUCUCCAAAGAGGAGCGGCUGGUAGCAGCGGCGGACAACGGAGAUACGGUUUCCAUGACGACGCUGCUCUCGGGCGGCGCUGACGUGAACUGGCAAAAUAAUCAUGGUGAGAGCGCCCUCAUGUACGCCUCCUGGCGAGGCCAAGAGGCGGCUGUGGCUGCCCUGCUGCAGCACCCCGCCACACACGUCAACUUGCAGGAUGACGACGGGUGGAGUGCCUUGCUGUGGGCGGCGCACGGCGGCCACACGGGCGUGGUGCGGCUCUUCAUGGUGCACCCCGACACGGAGCCAGACCUGACCAACAACGCGGGUGAAACGGCUCUCAUGAAGGCAUCCGUCAACGGCCAUGAAGGCGUCGUCAAGCAGCUCAUCAGCUCCUACCGCACCACAGUGGACAAACGUCACCCAGACGGGUCCACGGCUUUGUUGUGGGCGGCGGCGGGCGGCAGAGUGAGCUGCGUUUCGGCGCUGCUGGACGCCAAAGCCAACAUGUCUGUCCGCGACAAGGAUGGCAUGAACGCUCUCAUGUGGGCCGUGUCGGUGGGCCAGGCGGAGGCCACAGAAUUGCUCAUUCUGCGUGGCGUCGACAUCUCGCAGCGAGACAAUAUCGGCCGGUCCUCGUUACUGAUGGCGGCGGAGACGGGUCACACGGAGGUGGCCAGCGUGCUACUGCAGCACGACGCCGCGGACGUCAACGUUUGCACCAAGGACAAGGUCAGUCCCCUCAUGCGCGCGGCGGAGCACGGCCACACCGCCGUAGUUAACAUGCUGUGUAAGUGUAACGACACUGACGUGAACCUGCAAGACAACCAUGGCCGUACAGCGCUGCUGUUCGCCUCACGUUCUGGCCACGCCGACUGUACCUACAUACUGCUACACCACGCGUCCAUAGACCCCAACCGUUCCGAUAUGGAGGGCAUGACCCCGGUCAUGAUGGCCGCAAGCGCAGGUCACGAGGAUGUGUUAGCGGCCUUGCUCGCUCACAAGGAUAUAAACGUCUCCCUAAGAACUCGCAGCGGCUUCACGGCUUUUCUUUUAGCUGCCCGCAACAGCCAACGCCCCGUCGUAAAGAGACUGCUGGCCCACCCUGACGUCGACAUCAACGAGCAGGACGGGGCGGGCAUGACGGCCCUGGCCUGGGCGGCGAAGAGUGGCGCCGUGCACGUGGUAGAGCUGCUGCAACAGUACCAUAACCUCCGACCUGAUACACCAGACUCUGAGGGCCUCACACCCAUAAUGUGGGCCGCUCGGUGCAAUCAGCUCCUGGCCGUCAAGACUCUCCUCAGGGACUCGCGUGGCGACACGGAGGUCAAGGACAGGAACAACCGCACGGCACUGGCGUGGGCUCAGCACGAAGGGCACAAAGAGGUGGUGCAGCUUUUAACUCGCUACAAUCAGCUGGCGUCGAGCGGCGCCGAGGAUUCCCUCGAUGACUCGUCGUCCUCCGAGUGUUCGUAUCACACACCCUCGGCCAUGACGCUGCGCUAUAACCACCCCGUCAGCGACAUGCAGGUGGACAACAUCGGGGACGUGGUGAAGCUCCUCGAGAACGGCCCAUACGUCAGCUGGCGGCAGAAGACUGGCAAGACGUCUUUCGCUUGGGCGGUGGCCAACGGUCAGGCCGAGGUGGUGAAGGUGUUUCUGUUGGUUCCCGGGUUGGACGUGAACGAACGGGACGAGCAGGGCCUCACGCCUCUCAUGGUGGCGGCGAGGAAUGGACACGUACAGGUACUUCGCUUAUUGCUCAUGCAUAAGGAUGUCGACACCAGCAGUGUGGACUGGCGUGGCCGCUCGGUGCUGAUGCUUGCUGCGGAGCAUGGCCAGGUGCGAACGCUGGGUGCUCUUCUCAACUGCCCAGAGGUGAACGUGAACCAGCAGGACAAACACGACCACACUGCCCUUACCGUCGCUGCCACGGCAGGUAUGUACGAGGUGACUAGCAUGCUGCUGCGGCACCCAACCAUAGACGUCAACCUCACCGCCACGGACAAGUGCAGCGCCUUGCUGUUCGCCACCCGCUCUGGCCACGACGACACAGCCGAAUUGUUGAUUAAGUAUCCCAAGACAAACGUGAACCUAGAGGAUGACAGCGGCGACACAGCGCUGCACGUGGCGGGGGGACAUCACGGCAACGCGCGACUCACGCGUUGCUUGCUGCAGCAUUCACACAUCGGCGUAAACCGCCGCAACGAGCAGGGUAGCACUGCACUGCUGCUGGCGGCCAAAAACGGGCACGUGGACUGUGUGAAACUCCUGCUGGAGCACCCCAUCAUCGAUGUCAACCUUCGGGAUCGCGAGGACAAGACGGCCCUUAUGUACGCUUGCAUCAUGGGGCACGAAGACAUAGUGUGUCUCCUUUUUUCCCACCCAGACCUCGAGCCUAACCUUCGGUGCAGCGAGCAAGGCAUGUCUGCACUGCUGCUGGCCACACGCAGCGACCACUCUGCUCUUGUCGCCCUCCUGUGUGCUCGAAAUAACAUCAACGUCAACCAGACGGAUGAUUUCCGGGCUGCGCCGUUAAUGUACGCCGUGCGGCGUGGAUCACAGCCGUCCGUGGAGGCUCUUCUUGAACGGCCAGAUAUUAACAUUAACAUCAGUGACGCCGAGGGCAAAACGCCGCUGAUCCGCGCCUUGGCGGACAACCAUUACCACCUCGCCAUGCUGCUGCUGGCGCGGCGCGACGUAGACGUCAACGCUCAUACUCUCGAGUCCAAAACUGCGCUCAUGUACGCCACCACGUUCCCAGAAGGUCUACCGGCACUCAGGCUGAUGCUGGCCAUCCGCGGGGUAGAGCUGAACGCCGCGGACGAGCGGGCGUGCACGGCGCUGCUUCACGCGUGCAAGUGCGGGAACGUGGAGGCGGCGCUGGCCCUGGUGGAGACUGACGGCGUGAACCUGGAGCUGCUGGAUGACCAGGGCAUGACCGCACUCAUGUGGGCCGCUCUGCUGGGCUUCCGUGUCAUCAUCCAGGCGCUGCUGCAGGUGAGGACGCUGGAGGUCAACAGAUUGAGUCGUGAUGGCUUGUCGGCGCUGGGUCUGGCCUGCGAGGCGGGACACGUGGACGUGGUGCAGCAGCUCGCCUCGCAUGCCACUGUGGACGUGAACGCCGGGGACACCGCAGGACGGACUCCCCUUGUGGCGGCCCUCGAGCGGUCGCAACACGAGUGUGUCCGAGUGUUACUACAGCAUCCCUCUCACUCCUUGGCCCGCGCUGGUGUCCGCCCUCCGUUCCUGCCGCCCACCCUCAAGGCGAUGGUCAACCUCUACCGUAACAACAGUCAGGUUCGUCACGCCCUUGUGCUCAGCGCGCCGCCGCCUUCGCUCGUGCUUGACGGGGCAGGACGAGCCGGGGAAGCCUGUAUCGCUGGCGGUGGCGAAGUGGCCUCCGUGCUGCUCUCCCUCCCGCGGCCUUUCCAGGUGGUUCAGCAUGUGUUGCGGCGAGCCUCCCCCGAGUCCCUGGCCACGCAAGUGCACAGCUUUGCCACCAAGAUCCAGUCGGAGGAGGAGGGCGCCGUCGUGCUCUACAUCAGCGGGGAGAUCCUGGUGACCCCGGAAGGCCCUGCGUUGUGCCUACCCACGACUCAGGCUGCGCCCACCAAUGUUCUCCUCUCGUCGUUGGUGCAAGCCCUCGCCGCAACUCCUACACUAGUGCUGCUGUUGGAUGCUGUAGGCGUGAAGGUGGACGAAGCCGCUUCCCCGAGUGCCCGCGCCAACCCUUACCCUCAUAUCCUGCCGGCACUCGUCCACCCAAACAUGGCUGCGGUGGGAGGCGUAUCCACGGAGCGUCUGCAGGUGGUGGGGUCACGAUGCUCGGCCUUCAGUGCAGUGUUGGCGAAGGAGAUCCUUCACGGCGUGACUAUGCAGCAGCUGCACCAACGCACCAACCUCAAACUGACCUCUUCGGCACGCUCCUCGUCCUCCAGCCCGCCGCCGCCUGCCGUCCUGCUAUCCAACUUCACCCGUGACUGGCUCUUCUGAGGCUACUGAAGGUGUGUGUAAGAUGCAGAAGAGUCUGUAAAAAAGUAAUGGAUAUUUUUAUGUUAAGACUGAUGACUGUUCAGCUUGUGCAACAUACAAGCAGAAGUUAGAGAGUCAUACGUAAUAGCAAUGGUUAAGACUCUAUGAAUACAAACUGUCUGCCUGAGUUAUAAGCAUACACAUUAAUCUGUAAAGCUUUCAUGGAUGUGAUAGGCUUUCGGGCUGUCCUCGUGUAAGAUUCUAAAGGGUCUUCAAAGUUGUAAUUGGUGUGGUAGUUUUGUUUCUAACUGUCCGCUUCGUGUAAGAUGACUGUAAAACUAUCACGGGCGUGGAGUUUUUUUUUAACUGACUGUCCUGUAAGACACUAAAAAUUAUAUAAUAUGAAAAAGGAUGUAAUUAUGAACGCCUCUAUAGUGGGUAAGGGGAAGAGGCAACUUAACUUGAUUCACGCUAAAUCGAAAAUAAGCCCCGCCCACGCCAGCACAGCAGCUACUAAUAAGAUUUCACCGUUCCCAGCAUUUGGUAGUCACAUGCACCCUGAUUAAGGGAGGGGGGUGGCCUGCUAGUGAAUUGUCAAAUGAUAAUCACUUGAUGCGGAAAUGGAAAAGAAUUUAUUUUCAAAAAUAACGUAAAUAUGGUAUGCCAGGAUUGCUCCAAAUAUCGUGACUCCUUGGUACUGCAGAUGUUGUUGUAUCUGGAAUCGCCUCCCACAUUUCCAAUAACCAGGGACAGUGGAUGGACACGCUAAGAAAGGGGAACUGUACCGGCUUGGACUAAGAGAAGUGUAUGAGGUCUGUGUGUGUGUUUGUGUGUGUGUGUGUGUGUGUGUAUCCCUCCAACGUAAGAGGGUACUUUCAGAAUAGCUUCUUUAUACUGCAAUUAGCCUACCAGUAGCUCCAAAAAGAAGCAGCUACAGUGUUGAGCCCCCUCCAUUUAGCCGCAGAUAUUUGAAGCGUUUUCCAUUAGCACACAAGUCAGGGUAGGACAACACAAUAAAUGGCUAGUUGGGGUAUAACACUGAAUAGUUAAAAUAGGUAAAGAAUGUAUCUGUUGUGGCAUUUCAGCAAUAUACCUCCGUUAUAUUUUCAAAGCAUUUUUCUUCUUUCAUACAAGGGAUACAUCAUACGAUCUUUAACCCGGUAGCAGUGAUGGGCCAAAUUUGUGGCUUUACCGUGUACCAGCGACGGGCCAAAUUAGUGUCAUGAUAUAAAUCCCCCAAAAUAGAUGAUACAUAAACUGAUCACAAAUGCGUUGAUAUAUAACAUGAAAUUGUUUGUGUAAGUGAUGAUUUUUUCUCAUUUUUCUCGCUUAGAGGGGCCUUUAAGAAACGUGAUCCCCGCAGCUACCGGGUUAAAAAUGCUGCAGGAGGAGAUUAGGACGGUGCAUAGAAGGUUAGGAUAAUGAUACAGGCGAGCAAGGCAACUUAUACAGCUGGAGAUUCGAAAAUUUCAAACCAUGAGAUGCGAGUGGCUGCGGGAAGAAAGCAAGCUAGAAGAGCAUAAUAUUCUUGCAGUUCCAUAAAUUAAUGUGCCUGCGUGAGUGUGGGCGAGCGUUGUUGUGGCUCCUACGACACUGCAAAAUAUAUCAGUCUAAAGUUUGUCAGCCAGAGACCUAGCAAAAAAUAGUGUUAUAGGUUGCACAAGGAUACACGUUAAUAUAAGGAGACUACAAAAGGCCAGAUUACCCACACAUGGCUGCUCCUGGAAAUGGGUCACUCACCAACUUCCCUUCCCAUUCGUAAACACAUCUAACUUCCAUGUAAAACUUUCAAUCGUGUUUGCCUCAACUAGGUAGGUACAUAUCUGCUCAGUUUGUUCCAUUCAUUCUCCGCUCAGUUCUUUCCUUGUUCCUUCCUGAUCCUGAAUUUAUCUCAUUUUUACCCGUUGCUGCGUGUCCUUACAUCUGUUUCUAUAAUCGGUAUUAAAUUGCUCUUGCUAAUCCCUCUAA